AUGGGCGGCAUCUCGCUCGCCCUGUUUAUCCUCAGGAUAAUAGCGCCAGCGCUAAUACUCCUGCCGACUCUCGCCCUACUUUUCGCCCGGCCACCGGCUCCGUCAGAGCCGUCGCCCAUCACUCAAGUCAUCGUAAAGUCGACAGUGCCGCGCAGGGGCCUUAUCCUCGCACUACUUUCCCUCGUUGCCCUCACAUAUCUACUCGAUGGCCUCGCAUUCGUCGUUUACGCCGUCGUUGAUAAGCGGUGGCCAUACAUGACCGGUAUCGAACUCAAUGCCAUCAUCGGCCUUGUCGCAUUCUCCGGCCUUGCCUCUCUCGGAGCGUACAAGGAUAUCAAGGGCGUCGAUGUCUGGAGCCGAGGCGAUUUGAAGGCUGCCGUGGUCCUGUCACUUCUCGUUGACGUCGCUCAGGCCGUCCUUUUCGGCGCGUCUAUGCCCAGAGACACCGAGUCUCACCCGUACCCUCUUCCGUUCCCUCUCACCAGCCUUCUUCACUUCAUCUUUCCGGUCCUCCGCAUUCUCCUGCUCGUACCCCUCUUCGGCGCCUUCAUCAGCCCCGUGGUCACCUAUUCUUCGCUCGAGGUCGACGAGCCGCAACCCACGACUGCGCUUCUCGCGCCUGAGGCCUCGUCAGCCGAGGCCGGCCUCACUCUGACCGCAAAUGGCGCCGGCAAGUACGGUACUUUCCGCAGCACUGGCUCAAACGCACCCACGAACUCGUCCAACGCUCCGACGCGCGCUCAUUCGCCCGUACCGCCGACUGCUGUUGCGAACAAGAAAAAGGGCCUGAACGAGAAGGAGGUUAACCCGGACCCGUCUUGGCGCGAGCUGGGCUCCCGUCUGAAGCGCAUUACGCCUUACCUCUGGCCGUCAAAGAGCGUCCCUCUUCAGCUCACCGCUCUUCUCUGUAUCCUCAUUCUGAUAAUCGGCCGCUUCGUAGCGUUUGCUGUGCCCUUCGUGCUCGCUGAGCUCAUCUCAGUCUUCGAGGAGAAGGACGGCCGCUCGCCCUGGCCGUACCUCUUCGGCUAUGUCGCCCUGCGCUUCCUCAUGUCCUCCGGGGGUCUCGCGGCGAUCCGGGACGCGCUUUGGGCGCCCGUCAUGCAGUACUCGGACCGCGAGAUGAGCGAGCUUUCGUUCAACCACUUGCUCAAUCUCUCGUACAAUUGGCACAUCAACCGCAAGACCGGCGAGGUGCUGCGCAUCCUCGAUCGCGGCGCAGCAAUCAACCACAUCCUCGAACUCUUGUUGUUCACGGUUAUCCCGACCUUCAUCGACAUUAUCGUCGCGCUCGUCUUCUUCGCGAUCCGUCUCGACUGGACACUUUCGUUGCUCCUGUUCUUGGUGUUGUCUGCGUACAUCAUCGCGAGCGUGAUCAUUACUCGCUGGCGUACGAAGCUGCGCCGCCAGAUGAACGAGCGCGAUACCUUCACGCGUGGUAUUCACACGGAUUGCCUGCUCAACUACGAGACCGUCAAGUACUUCGGUGGCGAGGAACAUGAAGGGAACCGGUACCGCGAGGCUAUCAAGGCGUAUCAGAACGUUGAGCUUCGCGUCAUUCUCUCGAUGAACCUCCUCAACCUUGUUCAAAACUUCAUCAUUACGCUUGGUCUUCUGAUCGGCUCCAUCUUGGUGGCGCUCCAGGUUGUCAAUGGCAAACUCACGGCUGCUGACUUUGUGUUCUUCAUCACCUACCUCGGUCAACUCUACGGUCCACUCAACAACCUAGGGUACAUCUACCGCUCAAUCAAUCAGGCACUGAUCGACACCGAGAAGUUGCUUAUGCUACUCAAUGAGCCGACCGAUGUCAACGACAAGCCCGACGCACCUGAUCUCGUCGUCACCAACGGCGAACUUCGCUUCGAGGACGUCUCGUUCAGCUAUGACGGUGGUCGCACCACUGCGCUGAAGGGCAUCAGCUUCACCAUUCCCAAGGGCUCAUCCGUGGCGCUCGUUGGAGAGUCCGGUGCUGGCAAGAGUACGAUCCUCCGCUUGCUGUACAGGUUCUACGAUCUCGCUCCCGGCCAAGGUCGCAUCACCAUCGAUGGUCAGGAUAUCCGCGACGUCACCCAACGCUCUCUGCGCCAAGCUAUUGGUGUCGUCCCGCAGGACAGUGUGCUCUUCAAUGCCAGUAUUGGGUACAACAUCGGCUAUGGCAAGUUCGGUGCAUCCGAGGAGGAGAUACAAGACGCGGCUCUGCGCGCUCAGAUGCACGACCGCAUCACGAGUUUCCCCGACGGCUACGCUACCAAGGUUGGCGAACGCGGCAUUCGGUUGUCCGGUGGCGAGAAGCAACGCGUGGCCAUUGCCCGCACCCUUCUCAAGAACCCGCCUAUCCUGCUACUCGACGAGGCAACUAGCGCGCUCGACACUAGCACCGAGCGUGACAUCCAGAAAGCUCUCCAAAACCUUGUUCAGGGUCGUUCCUCGCUCUCGAUUGCGCACCGCCUGUCGACCAUUGCCAACGCAGACCUCAUUCUUGUUCUCAAGGAUGGGCAGGUUGUCGAGCAGGGUUCGCACGCGCAAUUGCUCGAGCUUGGUGGUCUGUUUGCCACAAUGUGGGCCGACCAAAUCUCUGUCGAGGAGCAAGUCCGUGAUGCCAAGAAGGUCGAGGGCUAUAACGUCGAGGCUGAGCCUCAGGUCAAAGAGGAGCCGGCCGAGGACGAGCCCACGCAGGAUACCACCGUGGACGAGCCUGAACCCGAGGUUGUCGCGUCUCCGACGGCUGAUGUCCCGAUUGCUGCUGCCGAACCCGAGCCUGAGAUCAAGAAGGAGGAGGAUGACGCCCCCGCUCCCGUCGCUUUCCCAACAUCUACCGAUGAGCCUGAACCGGCACCCGUAGCCUUCCCGAGCAGCGCCGACGAUGAGACACCUGAACCCGCUGCCGCUGCGCCAAUCGCCUUCCCCGCGAGCGACGAGCCCGAGACGUCUUCGCAGGCUCCUACGACGGAUGCGCCUACCAGCCCAGGUAUCACAUUCUCGCCGGAAACUGCGCACGACCGCGAGCGCUCGCCCAGCGACCCCGAUGAGCCCAAGCGCAAGCGGAUCUCUAGCCAGAACUUCCAGCGUCUGGCCCGCCGAAUUUCCGUGAGUGCGCGCCGCACCGGAUCUGGCAACAUUCCGGGUAUUGCGGGUAUCGUGGGCGCUCUGCGGCGCGAGGGCAGCACCCCUGGCAAGGAGGCGCCUCCUCGCGAUAGCACCGAUGACACCGCGAGCGCGAGCGGAAGCACGAGUGCUAGCCCGCGCCCCGCUACGCCUGUCCGCGUCGCUUCGACCGACAGUCCCGCGGCCAGCGUGCGUAGUGACUCGCCCGCGGGCGAUGGCAAGAAGCUCAAGAAGGAGAAGAAGGAGAGGCGCAAGACGCUCGGGACUGGCAAGUGA